AUGGACCCCGUGACGCAGCAAGACAGUCCGUUGUCCGUUGCAGCCAACGUCGCCGGCAUUCUCACCUUCGUCGUCGCCAUCGUUGCGGCAGUGUACGUCCGGAUCACAUACCUGCGCAACAGCGAUGAAGAGUAUUUCCGCGUCAAGGCCUCCCUGUCCUGGUUCAAGACGGAGUCUACAUGGCUCUCGGACCUGAUCCGCAGCGCCGGCGAGAGGCCCGGGGGCCCACGUCAGCACCAGCCGGAAUACCAAAUGUACGCCUUCGUCAUGGACGACCUGGUCAAGCUGGAGCAGCGCAUCCUCGAGCUGCUAGCCGAAGCCGAGACAAAGGCCGCCGGCCAGGAUGCGGAGAACCAGGGCAAGUGGACGCUCGUGCCCAAGAGCUGGAGCUUCACUACCAACGUCGCCAUGGCCUGGCUGCCCGUCCGUUCCAAGACGUUGGACUUGGUCCGGCAGCGCGAGGCUCUGACGGCUCGGGUGCAGUUCACGCAAAUGAGCAUGAUAUCUUCGUGA